AAUAUUUUUUGGUAAUUUUGACAUUUUGCGCAUGUAUGAUAUAUGAAUAUACCUUUUGUUGCACAGACCAGGUUAUACUUUAAUUAAAUUGCGAGGAUAAUCCUGGCUUAGUGCAACGUCAUAGCGUGUUACUUACCUCAAGUUCGUAAACAAUUUACGCGAGCGAGGCGUCAGGCCACCUGUCAAUCAAAUCAGAAUGCUAAAUAUUUUAUAAAGCGUUUUUUUUUGGGGGAAAAAGAAAUAUAAAACAGUGUAAUCAGUUUAAAAACACUGUAACAAGGUGAAUUAGGUUGAUUUUUUCUUUGUCUUUGUUUUUUUUUUUGUCGAUUUUUUUAGGGUAUUUCGGUUUAUUUAUUUUAAUGUAAUUAUCGAGUAAAAUAGCAUGUUAUAGUAAAAUUAGUAACUUUUUAGAUAAAAUUUUAGAAUUCCUAGCAUGCUAAAUGCCACAGGGGCAUCACUGCAUGCAAGGGUUGUUCUAUUUCUUAACCAAUUGCCCCCAACAAUGCAGUUAUAUCCUUUUGAGCGUUCUAUUUUUGUACCAGUCCUAUUCAGGGAUUAAGUUUUAAGGGGCCGCUCAGGUCAUGUGACUCCGUUACCGUGUACUCUCAAGUACACCCCACGUUAAAGGGGUUGCCUCUAAAACUUCAGAGUUCUUGAGUUAGUUUCGCAUGAUAAACUGCAAAUAUUUCGACCGUUUGAUCUUUCCGCACCUCAUUUAGUCCCGAUUGCCAAACCUGAUUAGUUGUUUUAAAACAAACUAUCACUUCUCAUAUGUUGGGGUCAGGCCCUGUACAAGCUAAAACACAAUACAUUUGUAAGUGAUAUUUCCCUGUAUGUUUGUUCAACAACAAGCCAACGAUCGCUCCACGAAACAAUGCUUGUAUUGUCACAUUCUUGCGUCCCCUUUCAAACCACGAGGCGUGACAUUUCUCAUUCCGUGUUCAAACCUAUUGUCCACUGCUCCUUUCAAAGAUGCAUUUACCCUUUUCAUACCCACAACCAUGUAUCUCAUCAUUAUAAUAUUGAGAAAGAUGUUUAUUAUUACUCGGCAUUCAAAUAGUCCAAAAAUGACUCUAUUUCACACAUCGUACGUUUGAAAGCGCUAUGUCUUUCCAAGACUUGUAAUAACCCUGUAUGUCAGAGCAUGAUUAGUUUGUGUAUUAUUAGUCUUAUGCUCGAGGCAAAGGCAGUAUCUACAAUGUUUAUAUGUACAGAUAUAUAUAUAGCAAGUUUAACAUUGUCAAACUGGUUCAUACGUCAGGCUGCGAUUCUUUUCUCCUUACCACCCACCCACUCUAUUCUUAUAUAGAGCAGGAAUGAAUUAAUCAGUGACUUACGUUACACAAACAAUGUUCUGUUACCCCUUCUACCAGGCCGAAUGUAAAUGAUCUUUAAACUGCUUAUUUGGUAUAAAAAAACGGAAUAUUUCCGACGUUUCGUUCUGUUACUUCUGCUACCAAGCAUGAUGUAAAUAAUCUUUCAAUGGCUCAUUUGGUAUAAAAAACAAAGCGUAUUUUUAAUGUUUUGUAACAUUCUGUUACUUCUGCUAUCAGGCAGAAUGUAUUAACAACGUUUCGUCGGAAAUCAGCUACGUUUUUAUAUCAGAUGAGCCAUUAAAAGAUUAUUUACACAAACAUUGUCCAACAUGAUUGUGGUAUUUACCUUGCCGGAGCAAUGACUUUACCCAAGAACUUGCGGUCGCUUAAUAUUAACUCAAGAGUUCAAUUACAAGGCUUAAGCAAACUUAAUCUUUCAGCAGAAACUUUCAUAUAGAAAUAUGUCAAUCUUUUUUUAUCCUUUUUUCUUUAGGCUUAUGUGUGUAGCACGCAGGAGACUUUUAGUUGCUGCUAACUGAAAAUUUUUAUUUUGCAGAUUAAUUACUAAGAAAUGUGUUUGUAAUAUGGGUUAAGAAAACUCUGCUUUAAGAUGGUGUAUUUUUAUCUUGUAGUAGCUGGAGUUUUGCUCCUCACAUCCAGUAUACAUGGUUGUCCCAACUGUUCCAAUGAAUGUGAAGCCGGUUUUAUAAACUGUGUAUCGUGUACGUGUGCCCCGUCAUGCGAGCUCCUGCAAUGUACACCCCCAAGAGAAUGCGUCUUAAAAGCAACUGAAUGCCAUUCUCUCCCCUGCCCAAAGAUGCCAUCUUGCAUAGACACGUCAAAAGUGUGCGCUGGUUCUCCAUUAAGAAGUGAUGAAGACUCUGUGAUCCAGUGUGGAUCCUCCAAUGUCAUGUGUCCUCCAAGGUACACGUGUACUCCUGUUUCCGGACACUCAAUCUCUGUCUGCUGCAUGGAUGCUUUCGACGGAAAAGCACAAGUUCCACCAUUUCCAGAGAUGAACAUUUUCACCCCAAUCUUAUCAAGUGUCCCACCUGAAGACACAGAUGAAGAAUCAUGGGGCGAAUGCAUGGAAUGUCCCCUUGACCCGUGCCAGGUUGCCUCAUGCCCAGAUUUCCCCGAAGCGAUGUGCGUAACUAACGACUGUGACUGCUCUUCAUGGUUUAUUGAUCACAAUCAACAGAAAGUAGAUUGCUACAAAAGUGAUCCAGAAAUGAAUUUACCCCCAAAUUUCAACCCCGAAAUGUUUUUCACAACAACAACAAAAUAUCUUGCCCCCACCCCUACCCCACUGAACUCAAAUUUCCCCGAAGAUGGGGCCAAAGAAGGGGUAAUGAGUGACGUGGUGAUGUUACUUAUCGUGGCAUCGUGUGUGGUGUUUUUAUGUGGAAUCGCCAUAAUAAUAUACAGGGUCGUGAUAAGAAGACGGAAACAAAAGAGCAUGCACAAUCAGGAGAACGAGCAGUUAAAGUCGUUGAAAAAUGGCGAGAAACCUCAGAUCGCGUGAAAGGUGUUCCCCUUUACCCCAAUCAGUCACGCAUGACCGCACAACCACUGGAGCAUGACAUACGCCCCAAAACCCCGCUGCUCACUUUCCAGUGUUUCCAGGUGCCUUUCUCCGGGAACACUGUCUUUUUAUUCUUCUUAUUUUCGUCCUGUUAUAAAAACGAGGUGUUCCACCGGUUUGUUACGUAUUUUUAUCGUUUUUUUUUAUUUUGUUUUUUUAUAUGUGCGCUUAUCAGUUCGGCUUUUUUCAAAAUUUUUUUUCAAGAAAAGUUCUCGUGAUAUAACAAGCACGACAACUCGUACUCAAUAGUUCCUUUAUGUGCGUUAUAGCUUGGUUUUCUAACAAUCCCUAACUCUAGAUAAAUUUGUUCCCUCCUGAAAUUCAACCCAUGUAGCGAAAACAAAAUUUUUUUAGUAAUAUUGAAAAAUUAUCCUGAAAAAUUAAUUUAAAAAAAAAUAUCCUGAAAAUUAUUUUUUUCUCCUUAAAAGGUGGUAAAUUUUAAAUUUUGGUGCUAACUCAUGGAAAAAAUUUCCUACACAAUCAUUGUACAAUUUUUCACUUUGCGUUAUUUUACACAAAAACGUAAUUUUUCGAUUGUUUUUAUUAGGAUUUGUAGAAUUUUGUCAGCUGUAUUACAUAAGAAGCAUGAUUUACGUUACACUAGAGUUAAAAAACAAGCCUUACAGAAUUUUUAUACCUUUUUACGACAAUUUUUCUAUAAGUACCAGCAUUGCAGUGCUUUAUAAAUAACUCUUAUACUCUUAAUGCAACUUAAAUUUUGAUAAUUAAUUAAGUUUUUAGCCUUAAAUAUUAUCAACUUUAUUGCCUUCCCAAAUCAGAGCACCAGAAACUUAAGUUGUAACGUAGCACUUUUAGAGCAUGUUAAUGGUGUAUUUAUGUUCUGGUGUACCCUCGCCUUUUUCCAAUUCGAGCAAAUUUUAUAUUGUUUCUAUGUAUCCAACUUUUAGCUGGUGCUUCCGGACAAAUCUGGAUUUUUUCUGUAAUUUCUCGUUUUUUUUCUUACUUUUUUAAACAGCAAUUGAAAAUUCGUAUUAUUCUUUUUCCAACUUAAAAAAAGCAAUUGAUAAAUUGAUACCUUUUGAUUUUCAACAGAUUUUUAGUUAAUUUUUUAUGGCAAAAAUAUUAUCUUAAAACGAUGUACAAGCAUAGGCCAAGACGUUUUAUGUUCAUUUAGUUUUGCGUUGUUGUUCCUGUAUAUCUGCACUGUCAACAAUAGAAAACUAACACACAAAGA